AUGGGUAAUGUAAUUCCCAAAUUAGAAUUGCUGCAAGGGGUGGUGCCAAGUAUCUGGUUGCUUGGCAUACUCACGCAGUGGUCCACAGAUCCCACCGAACACGCACAUAUCGCCAUCGUGAAGGUGCCUGCAAGAGCUGGAAAUAAUCAUGACUAUGAUGCACAAGUGUGUCGCUACCUUGACCACCGUGAUAAAGUAGAUUGCUUUGAUCUUGUGCUUCACAUACGCAAACAGGAAGAAUGUGCUAUUGACGAUGAAAGCGAUGAUGAAGACAUUGAUAGCAGGAUGGUCCGAUGUUCCAUCAAGGACUAUUUUUCACAUGCCCGUCAACUCAUCAAUGGCAAUUAUCCAGAGGCACCUUAUCCCUAUUGCACGUUCUCAACCUCUGUUGCGGCUUAUCAUCUUAGCUAUAGACCCACCCUCACAAAGAUGACUGUUGAUACAGCUGCCGACCACUUCAUGCUUCCUGACCUUCACCCUGCUAUAUCCGAUUAUUUAGACUGUAUUGAAGCACACAAUGACUUUCCCAUUGGUGGCAGGCGCCAAGCUCACCAUAGGUUGUCCCCUUCCUUUUGA